AUGUUCCAGAAGGUUCUACUACGACCCAUGACCAGCGUUCCAUGCGCACACGAAUCCACCAUUUCGUACCGAUUCCCAUCGUCGUCUGGGAGUCCAUCCCCUCCCCCCAUCGUACCAUCGUCGCCCGAUCUGGCGCAUCAAAACCAACCCGGGCCCUCCGACCCCUACCUCGCCCUCCCACCGCCUGAAGACGAGAUCCCCGACCUCGACGAACUGCCCUCCGAACAACCACCCUCGCCUCCACCUCACACGCCUGCCCCUACCAUGUCAGGGCAUCACCGCAUCACCCUCGCCGCCAACCCCCCCUACUUCGAUGGCGACAAGUCCAAAUACCUGGGCUUUGUGGACGCGUGCACCACUUACAUCGGUGCCUAUCGAUCGGAGUUCUCACAAGAUGAGACCAAAAUCCUCUUUGUCCUCUCCUACCUCCGUAACGAGAACGGCACGAGCUGCGCUGCCUCGAGAUGGGCGAUGAACUGGAAGCAGCACAACUUCGAUGGCUUCCAGGGACUGAAGGCAGGAGUCACAUCAAAGAACUUCCUGGAGGAGUUUCAGAGGGCGUUCGGGGACUCCAAUGCGGAACAAGUCGCCGCUGCUCGGCUUAUGGCCCUGCGUCAAAACAAACGGUCCUUCGCGGACUACAUCUCCGACUUUGAGAUGUUGGCCGCGGAUGCAGGCUACAAUGUGGUUGACACCACCGACGACAAAGGCGAAUACAAGAAGGGGGACCAGGAUAAUAUCCUCAUCGAGUUCCUGGAGCGCGGACUCAGCAGCGAGAUCGCCAGCCGUCUCUACAACACCGGUGUCCCUCUGCCCAAGGCCUAUGGAGCGUUCAAAGCCUGGUGCAUCAACAUCGAAGCCAAUGCUCUGCGUGACCAGCUGCGCAAAGCGUCGUAUGGGCACCCCACACAACGACCACCUCCCCAGUUCCGUCCCCAAACGGCACCAGUGGCGCCCACACCCGCUCCGGCCCGACCCGCUGCCAACGAACCGGUUCCGAUGGAAAUCGAUCGUACCCACGCCCGCGGCCGCAAUAUCAUCUGCUACAACUGUCAGCAGCCCGGGCACAUUGCGCGGAACUGCCCGGAGCCCAAGAAGAAGCGCACAUUCUUCAAUCGGGCCACAAUGCUGGAAGAAAUCGAGAACGGGGACAAGGACAACGAGUUCCUGAAGGAGAUUGCCGAGAAGUUGCGCGAGAAGGGUUUUUGA